AUGGUUCUCGCGGUCGACCUUCUCAACCCUGCUCCUCAGGCUGAGGCCCGUAAGCACAAGCUUAAGACCCUUGUGCCUGCUCCUCGCUCCUUCUUCAUGGACGUCAAGUGCCCCGGCUGCUUCACCAUCACCACCGUCUUCUCCCACGCCCAGACCGUCGUCGUCUGCGCCGGCUGCUCGACCGUCCUCUGCCAGCCCACCGGUGGUAAGGCCAGACUUACCGAGGGAUGCUCUUUCCGGAGAAAGUAG